AUGUGUGACGUUAUCCUGGAUUGGAGCGCGCGAUACGGAUACCUAAAGAAAGAAAAUCCGUGACGUGCGUAACCCACAUCCUUUCCCCGUGAAAUGUUCGUGUUCCUGUGAUAUCCGUGUGCAAUCCGUGUUUUCUAAAUAAUUGCGGUGGCUUAUUUACUAAUUCUUCGCUGACAUAUAGUCUGGUGCUAACUUCCUCGAGUGAAUCUGGUGCUGUGGAAAUAAUGCUCUACCCUGGCUGCGCACCCACCUACGAGACACGUUAGCUAGGUUUUACAUACAAUUCAUAGGAUUAGUGGAAUUAUAGCAGUACUAGUAUGAACAAUCCAUUUCGUGCGAGACCAUCCAGAUCAAGAGUAGAUCCUGCUGUGGUUGGUUUUGAAACCCAAAGCCAAACCGUAUAUGGUACUGUGCCAACCUUAAAUCAACCAGCAAUCCCAACAAAUAAUGUUUACCAACAUCAAGCUCCUGUAACAAACCAACUGCAACAAUCCUCGGAUCCUUGGGUUUGGGGUUCGGAGAAUGUAAAUAAUGGCAAUGACUCCUGGAAUUGGAGCGUUGACCAAUCGACUGAUUCUCAGCCCCAGCAACAACAGCAAUUUGUUCCUACUUAUACGAAUAAUGGGCAGCCUGCAACAAAUCCAGUUCCAAACAAUUAUUACAAGAAUUUAAAUGGCAAUAAUAGAGCAGGCAUCCUUAAUCAAUAUCCCUCGUCUGGAAAAAAUACACCAGGAAGUGCUAGUAGAGAAUCCACUCCAAAUCAUUCUGAUUCGUACAGUCAUUAUACAAACUAUAGUUUUAAUCAGCAUUAUCCCACGCCGCCCCGACCUAAUUCAGCUAAAUCAAGUACAGGACAUUCAGAUCAUUCGCAAUGGUCAACAGAACAGCAACCUCAGAGUAUACCUUACGUGCAACCCACGUCGGCUAUGCUCAAUCAAAAAAAUCAGACACCUCCACUACCCCCACCAGUAAACAGCUACAACUGGAACAACGUUGAUCAGCAGACAAUUUCGUCAACUCACACUUGGCAAAAUCACACGAAUGCUCCUACAUCUUCUGGUGGCUAUUUCGAAUCCAAUGUCCCAACAGAAGGGCAGCAUGUGGAGAACAUGGGAAACAAUUGGCACCAACAAAUGGUACAACAUAUUGCAGAACAACAUCCCCAAGUUCCAGUUACUGUCCCUGCCCCGUCAGGAAAGGAAACAGGAAGCAAUGAUCGCUCUGCCAAUUGGUCGAGUCAACACCAAGAACGCGAGACAUCUAAUUCUUGGUCAAGUCAGGGUAACGUUUCUUCUAAUCAGUGGCCUAAUCAAAAUUCGGAAAGCAACGUGCCACCUCAGUGGCAGCCAACUAUUUUGAAUCAGUCCGAACAACCUGGUAGUAUAAAUUUAACUCAGCAAUGGCAACAACCCAAUGUGCAACAUGAUGUACAACCUAAUCAAUGGAUUCAGCACAAACCGGAAACUAGUAACAUACCGGAAGAUAUACCACCGCAGGAAAUCACUUCCAACAAAUUACCAUCAAAUGAUUGGCAACAAGUUCAACCUCCUUCAUCACAUUUUCAUUCUUCCAGCGGUUCUACUGCUUCAGGAUCUACCUUGAACUUAGCCAAUAAUGCAGAUCGACAGGAUGAGCAAAAUAAGAUUGCUACUUUCAUUGGAAGUUCAACAUCUUUAAAUGAUAUUCCUGCCCAAACUCAGAUAAAUCCCAUGCUGAUACCUGAGCAGAAAGAUUGGGCUGUUCCUGAUACCAAUCUGACUUCUGAUAAUUCAGAAAAAAUUCCAGCCCAGAACAAGACAGAGACGAAUUGGAAUUCAGAUGGAGAAUGGAACACGAUACCUGUCAGUGAAUUGUCUAGUGGUUUCAACGAACUCAGUCUUGUAAAUAAGCCUGACAAGAAUCUUGAAAAUCAAAAUUCCCAGAUGGAGACGUGCCCACCUCAUUCUGGUGAUUGGACUUCUCAUUCUACUUCUAGUUUUUGUCCAUCGAACACUAACAAUGACACUGCAACUCCUGAUAACAUAGGUAGCUCAGAAGUUUCUAACCCUGUCGAAAGUCAACCUAUAGCUCAGGAGCACUCACUAAAUCAGACAUAUCAAACUGGAAAUUCGAAAACGACUGAAAAUGUAUCUCAAGCUGGAUAUGAUCAAUGGUACAACAGAAACACGCCUGCUGCUCAACCGGAAGGUGGAUGGUAUGCCAAUGAUCGUGCAAGACCACAGAAACAAUGGUCGCCAGAACAGAAUGUGGAGAACUAUGAAAAUAUUCAGCAGUCUUCUGAAUUCGUCAACCUGGAAGUAGUAGCGCCGGUGUUACAGGAACGCGAUAUAUAUGGUUCACGAGAUUCCAUCAAUAGAGAGACCCUGGAUAACGAUCCCAAGCUAGUUUCAAGUCCUUCUAAGGAAACAGCGACUUCUAGAGAUUUCCGACAGGAGGCAAAUAACGUGGAAGUUCCUGCCUUACAACAACCUCAACCGCCUCUUCAGGUUGAACAGGCGCCUGAUAACUACGAGUUUGCAUCGAACGACAGGAAUACUUUCUUGGAGACUGGCGAACUGACAGAUUCUCAUCAGGAACACGAACCAACUCCACCAAGUCAGGAUGAUGAGAACGAUGAAGUUCCCAACGACAUUCCUUUCCUUCGAGAAGUUCCUGGCCAGUCAAGUUCCACUGAUCCUAGAAGAAAUGAUCCUACAGGUCAGGAACAGUACGUUCAGACACCACGAACAAGUGAUCCUAGAAGAAACGAUCCUUCAGGACAAGAGCAAAGUGUUUUAGGAAGAAAUAUCCCUGAGAGAACAGAACGACGAGAUGUUCCUUCCGGUCAGGAAAGGAAUAUUCCUUUAUUGUCUCGUGGUGAUUCUGACACACUGGAACGUAGAAACGAUCCUUCGGGUAGAGAACGAUCUUUGCCACCUCAGCAAUCCAGGAACGAUCCCUCCGGUGAGGAACGCAUUCCUUCGCAGUCGCAGACCAUACCGGAACCUGCUGAAACUCGUGAAGUACCUGGAAGAGGAAAUGAAACGGAAGAUCCUGUUCAACAAACUCAUAGUGGAAUCAGACAGAUACCUGGUGGAGCGUCUCCAAAUGAGUCUGUGCAAAUUCCCGACGACAGAAGCGAUGCCAGGGUUGUAACUGGAUCUCAGGAGGUUGCCACAUCAGUUCCUAUGGCAGCGAUGCAAGACCCACCAAAUGAAUCUAGAAAUAAACGCGAGGAGGCUGUAGGAGCAUCCGUGGCUGAAAAUUCGGGAGUGCCUGGACCACCGAAUCGCAGAGAUUCGUACGAGGACGGCGAUGACGAGGGUUCGGGUAACAGUCGCGAUGAAAGUCGAGAUAGAAGACGAGAUGGCAGCCCUAGUGGAAGACGCUACGAUUAUGACAGGAAGGGUAGAUUUUACGACCGUGAUCGAGAGUACGAAGAAGAUUACUUCUAUGAUCGUCGACGUGGACCUGAUUACGAGAGAGCUUAUAAUUCUCGCGAGGAUCUAGAUCGUCGUGAUCCCUCUUACCGGGACGAUGAUCGUCGUCAUCCCAGUCGGGAUGAUCUGGACCGACGUGGACGUGAAGAUGUAGACAGAAGAGUCAGAGGCAAGGACGAUCCUGAUGACAGCAGAAGAAGACUCGACGAUCGCAGAAGAGACAGAGUGGAUGAUCCAAGGCGCAGAGACAGAGAUCCACGGAAUUUCGAUCCACGAUUCCCUAGGGAUAGAGAUUAUCCUGAUCGGGAUAGGAGGAGAGAUGACAGAAGACGAAGAUACGACGAAUACGAAACUAGAGAACCUUUCAGAAGAGAGUACUAUGAUGAUCCUUAUGGAAGAGGGUCAAGGCCAUCCAGUCGAUCCUCAUACAAUGACAGAGAUCGGGAUUAUUAUUUACGAGCUAGAGAUCCCUACUACGCUUACAAUGGUUAUGGCGGUUACGACUACGGUACCAAUUACAACAACAAUUAUUAUGCCUACUUUGACAACCUACGAAGAACCAAUCCUGUUGCUUAUGCCGAAUGGUACAACAAAUAUUAUGCAAAUCAACAUCAACAGUCACAAGCUGCCAGAAAUGUUGGCAGUUACACAGAGGACAGAGCCAGUGUGCACUCGGGACGCAGUUCUUGCGAUGACAGAAUCACCGGAGAUAAACGUACUUUGGACCUUCUUGAGGACUCUCUGAACGACGCACCACGAAAGUUCUUCACGGCUCACGUGCUAGGUUCUUUCACUAUCGGCUCACUCUUACACGUGUACGCGAAUAAUCCAACUGAUGGAGAAAAAGCCAAGGUGGACAUUUUCCGUGUGGACAGUCUGACGCUGCAUGAUCCUGUUGCACGAGAAUUACGUGCCUAUCCUGGACCACUAAUUAAGCAAGUGGGCGUGACGCAUAAGAAAACGAUCAUUGAAUACUGUGAGAAUAAAAUUAAGAAAGCCGAUGUUAACGAAGAUAUGGAUGAUUCUGCAUCGUACAUCUUACUCUACGAGCUAAUGAUCAUGUUGAUUCAGCAGAACGGAAACGUUGUCGGGGUGGACAUUGCUGCUUUGUUAUUGAGAAACAAGGAUGCGUAUCCUUAUGACGCAAACAAGCAACACGUACCGGUAAGAAGAGAAUCUGUUAUGUCACAACGUUCCGGAAGUUUAGUCGGAGAAGGAUCCGUUCACGAAGGGUCAACGUCCCAUGAAAAGGAGGACGCAAACAAACCGAAGAAGCCAUUGACGGUUGAGCAAAUGACCAAUGAAUUCAGGGACACCCUACUUUAUGGUCUUGUACAGGAGGCUCUAGAAUAUGCUAUGGAUCAGGGAUUGUGGGGACACGCACUGUUCCUGGCCAGCAAAUUGGAUAAACGAACUCAUGCAUCGGUUAUGACGCGUUUUGCAAAUAGUUUGCCAGCUCAUGAUCCCCUUCAGACUUUAUACCAACUUCACUCCGGGCGCGUACCAGCUAGUGUCACGUGCGUAGCAGAUCCAAAAUGGGACGAUUGGAGGCCUCAUCUAGCUAUGAUAAUCUCAAACACGUCAGCCAAUCCUGAGAUAAACCGCAGAUCUAUAACGACCCUGGGCGAUACGCUUGCUGCUAGAGGAAACAUUCACGGCGCUCAUUUCUGCUAUAUCCUGGCGCAGAUCGAUUUUGGUCCUUAUGGCGCCAGUGCCGGGAAGCUGGUGCUAAUUGGUUCUAAUCACAACAAACCCUAUUCCGAAUUCGUAACCUUGGAAGCAGUGAUGCUUACUGAGAUCUAUGAGUAUGCACGGAAUCUGAGCGAACCUGGUUUCACUCUGGCCGAUCUCCAAACCUUCAAGUUCGACUUGGCUGUUAAGAUGGUGGACUAUGGUCUGAUCGAGAAGGCUUUACUUUACAUAGAACAAAUAGCGGUGAACAUCACGAAUGAACCAGCUAAAUACAAAAGAUCCUUCAUCGAGCAGGUUUAUACAAUUGGAGACAGAAUCAAAUAUCACGAUCCUGUUUGCAAAGAUUCUCUCGAGGAUGCCGCGAAUCUGGCAUGGCUGAACAAUCUUUCUGAAAUCGUUGGAAAAUGUCAGACUGGUGAGAUAAUUCAGGACGAUUUACACGAUCCUAGAACAGUCACGGAUAUGCACCAAACACUACAGACUCAGAAGCAUCACGAGAUCCAACAACAACAACAUAAGUGGAGUGUAGCGCAACCAGAUUAUUCCGAUGGACCAACUUCUCUGAUGGAAGGUUCAACAAUGGAUCCCCAAUCAGAAUGGCAACCAAUGUCUCUACCAACAAACAUACAAGAUCCUUAUAACCCAAGUUCACAAUAUGUGGAUAAUAGUAUGGAUCCCAGUCAAUAUCAGCAGAACCAACAUCAGCAGGAUUACUGGAAUCAGCAAACAUAUAGUCAGCAGGAUUACUCAAGCCAGGAUUACACACAAGCUGAUUGGCAGACACAACAGGCUCAAGCACAGUAUCCAUCGGAACAGACAGAUGCUGAUAAUCAGCAACAGGAUAAAUGGAAUUAUGAGUCGGAAAAGGAAGAAAAAUCAGCUACACCGGAACCUCAGCCAACGAUAUCAAUGGCACCCUCGUCCUCGAAGCAGUACGAUCCUCUGGAGGAGCUGGAUUCCCUGGAUACACCCAGAGCAGGAUCAAAAGCAACAGCUGAAGAGAAAAAGGUCAUCGAGAAGCAGUCAGACAAAAAAGCAGCUGGUGGAAGCGGAUCCUGGUUCGGUGGAUUGUUCAGCAAAUUGGCACCAAAGCCUAAAAAUCAAAUGAUCUUACCGGACGACAGUAACCCUACGAUUGUUUGGGAUCCCGUCGCUAAGAAAUGGACGAACAAGGAUGAGGAUGGUGAAGGUACUUCCGGUCCUCUGGCUCCACCUCCAAAAGCCACUGACAUCGGGUUCAGAGCAUCAGCGGCUGAAUCUAAUGCUCCCACAAUUCCAAACCCGUCAGCGUCAUCGAGUGCAAUUCCAGAUGACCUGUCAGUGGUUAACAGCUCGAAAUUACUGACUGGCAGUAACAUGUACAAAAUGCCAAAGGGAAGGAGUUUGCGUGCCAAUUAUAUAGACGUGAUGAAUCCUAGUGGAACAAAGGGUACUGCACCGCCAUCAAACGUACCAACACCUGUAACAUCACCUCUGGUGCCAAUGGCCGCGUCGUCGCCACAAUUAUUUGUCCCUGCCCCAGUCAACGACCCAAACGCUCCUGUAGACUUUUUAACACCCACGCCAGCAGCAGCUGUUACUGAAAAUGCAUCCCAGGGGCUCUCUCGAUGGAGCUCGACCAGCUCACUAUCGCGAGAAGUGCAGAGCUACACAAUGAGGGAUCCGCGCCUCCUCCAGCGGGAAAAGGGACCAAUGAUGUUCAAUCCGACAGACAUGAAGGAUCGUUCGAUGAAGAACACACCGAGAAGCAGAUACCCUCCACGAUAAGAUUGUUAGAGGCUGCCGCUGCUGCUGCCGCUCAUGGAAAUGCAAAUACAGUUUUCGAAGAGGCCAUUUUCUCGCUGUACGUUUAACGUAUAUGGAAUAGUCAGAGUUCUUAGUAAUCGAUAACGAGGCAAAUUUCAUAAAGAGUCAUUUGUCCUCUUGGCGAGAGAUAUGUGUGGGAAUUUUUUUUUAAAUUAACAUCCUGAGAUCAGUCUGUUCUCAGUUGUACGUAUGUUAUCUGCAUUGUUAUACAGUUUGAAAGUUAUAAGCUUAAUUACGCUAAUUAAUUUUCAAUAAUCCUUUCGUCUAUGGACGCAUGUAGGGAAUUCAUGAGGCAACGGGUCAGAGUGAGAAGUCCUUUUUUUUUUACAUGGUCAAUCUAUUAGAAUAACACGUUUCACCUAUGAAACUGUCGAUGAAUGAUUCGUUAAUUGAGGAAGUUAAAGAGAGAGAGAGAGAGAGAGAGAGAGAGAGAGAGAGAGAGAG